AUGGCUUCCUCCAUUGUUGGAUUGAACCAUCUCUCGAAAGCACUCAUCGAGGCUGGAAAUAGUCUUCUUGGCCCUCAUUCUUCCACUGACGAGCUUCUUACCCUUCUCGAUAAAACUGAGACUCUGCUCAGAAAUGUGGACCAAGAUCAACCGCUGUCAAUGCAAAAUGCCCUAAUUCCCUCGAAGAAUGCUUUGGUAUCACUUGACCUCUUGAGCCAUCCCGAUUCCGAUGUUAGGGUUUCGGUUGUGUCCUGCUUAACCGAAAUUUUGAGGAUAACUGCCCCAGAAGCCCCUUACAGUGAUGACCUAAUGAAGGAAGUCUUCCGGUUGACUAUAGAAGCCUUUGAGAAAUUAGCUGAUACAUCCUCUCGCAGCUAUUCGAAAGCUGAGUCUGUUCUUGAUAGUGUAUCAAAGGUCAAAUCAUGCUUGGUCAUGUUGGACUUGGAGUGCGAUGACCUCAUUCUACAAAUGUUUCGGAUGUUCUUGCAAAUCAUAAGAUCUGAUCAUCCACAAGCGGUGUUUUCGUCAAUGGAAAUGAUAAUGAUUACGAUAUUAGAUGAAACCGAAGAAGUGUCCACGGAUUUGCUCGAUACUCUAUUAGCUAGUGUCAAAAUGGAAAAGCAGAAUGUUUCACCAAUGUCUUGGGGUCUUGCGGAGAAGGUUCUUAGUAGAUGUGCCCGUAAACUUAAACCAUACAUCAUCGAAGCCUUGAAGUCUACAAGGACCAGCUUGGAUAUGUUUUCUCCAGUGGUUUCGUCCAUAUGUCAUACUGUUUUCGCCCCUCCUAAAGUCCACAAUGUAGUUAGCACCAAAGAAAAUGAGGCAACUGAAACGAAGUUGCGUAGACAAAUAGCCCCAAGUGAUUCAUCAAAGGACAAAUUGGGUCUGGGGCAUCCUCGCAAGGAGAUUCGUUCUAAAAGUAGUUCCAAGAGACCUGCGAGAGAUGGAACUCAACGAAUCAAUGUGACUGAAAAAGCAAGAAACGGAAACAAUCCUGAUUUUCUGAAACAGAGCCUGAAGCAAGUGCGGUCUGGAAGUGCGGAUGCAGAAACAGAUUUAGGAGUUACAGGGAAGAGAGGACGAAAGCCCAAUUCUUUGAUGAAUCCCGAGGAAGGUUAUGACAUUUCUUGGAUUUCGGGGAGAAGAGAUUUUUUAAAGACAUCUUCAGACCAAAAGUUCCGGAAAAAAGGAGAAUCAUCACUUGGAAAGGUGGCUGCCAGGAAAACUUCCCCAUCCACUAGUAGGGCUCUGUCAGUUAAACGAAGCCGGGUUAAGAUAGACGAGAGUGAUCUUGAUUCAGAUUCUCUUUCUUCACCGAGAUUGAAGAAAUUGGAAUCAUGCUUCCGGGAUGAGGAGCUUCUUGAGAAAGAAUCAAACCAGGAGAGCUAUGACUAUGAAAUAGCAGAAGAUGACAGAAACAUUGGGAAUUCAAGCAAGAAGACAAGGUCCCAGAAUGGUGUAGAGAAAAGUCAGAGAACAGCGAAGAGGAAGCCAGUUGUAGAACCUAAGACUGUGAACUCCAGCGGAAUAAGAUCAUCAGCUCGCUCAGUUGCUAAGAAAAAGAACUUUGAUGGUGCUUCUCCGGGUACUCCUGUUCCACGAUCAUCAAAGAGAAAGAAGGUUUCUCAAGUUGCAGCUGGACCAUUGGCAGAAGAAUCUGAAGAAACUUCAAAGAGCCAUCCGACGAGGAGACGGACAGCAAGAAAAGAAGUGGAGUCUGAUACGAAUGGCUUUGGCGAGGAUUUGGUCGGUAAGAGAGUUAAUAUCUGGUGGCCGCUCGACAAGACUUUUUACGAAGGCGUCGUAGAGUCUUAUUGUAGUCGUAAGAAGAUGCAUCGGGUAGUAUAUUCUGAUGGAGAUUCAGAAGAGCUUAAUCUCGUUAAAGAACGUUGGGAGUUACUCGAGGAUCUCACUUCUGCCAGUGAGCAGGAGGAUAUGGAGAUUGAUCUGCCAGAGUCCAUUCCAUUAUCUGACAUAAUACAGAGGCAGAUAGUCAAGAAGAGCAAAAACGUGGCGGUGUCUGUGGAACCGACUAGUUCCUCAGCUACAAGAUCGUCCAGUCGAACAGCUAUGAAGAAUGAUUCUGGCAAAAAGGCGAAAAGAGGCAAAGGUGGAUCGAAGGGUGCUGUUGUAGGCGAAGAAAUAGAAGGAAAGAAUCUGAAAUCCUUGAAAGAGUUGAAUGAUCAAACUGACAGAACAGAAGAGCAGGAAGUGAGUCGAGAUGUGGACCAUGAAAGCGAAGAUGAUUACAGUGAGAAGCAAGAACAAUCCGAAAACAAAAGUGAAGAGAGCCUGAAAUUGGCUGAUACAGAAGCUGAAACUAAGGAAGAAGAGAAACAAUCUCCAAAUUCAGAGGCUGAGAGUGAGAGAGAUGGCUCAGAGUCGGAAGAAGAGCCGAAGUGGAGAGAAACAGAGGAUAUUGAGGACGAAGCAGAAGAGAGUGAAAAGGUUGAUGAGAAAGUGACAAGCACAAGUUUUUCUGAGGUUGAGAAAGAAGAAGAUGAAGAGAGUGGCUCAUGA